AUGAAUAGGAUUCUAUCUAGUGCAUCGUUGCUAUCCAAUGUUAGCAUGCCAAGGCAAAACAAGCAUAAAAUUACAAAGGCGUUAUGUUAUGCAAUUAUAGUAGCCUCAAUCGGUUCAAUACAAUUUGGUUACCACUUGUCGGAAUUAAAUGCACCUCAGCAGGUGCUUUCGUGCUCAGAAUUUGACAUUCCCAUGGAGGGCUAUCCCUAUGACAGAACAUGGCUGGGAAAAAGAGGAUAUAAGCAAUGUAUACCAUUGAAUGAUGAACAGAUUGGAAUCGUGACCUCCGUUUUUUGCAUUGGAGGCAUUUUGGGCUCUUAUUUUGCCACCAGUCUGGCCAAUAUUUAUGGAAGGAAGUUCUCAAGUUUAAUUAACUGCACAUUGAAUAUCGUCGGUUCGCUGAUAAUCUUCAAUUCGAAUAGUUAUAGGGGCUUAAUCAUUGGUAGAAUUCUAGUGGGUAUUUCGUGUGGCUCUUUGAUCGUGAUUAUACCCCUUUUCAUUAAGGAAGUUGCUCCAAGCGGUUGGGAAGGUUUACUGGGUUCGAUGACACAAAUCUGUAUCAGGUUAGGGGUCUUGUUGACACAAGGAAUAGCCCUCCCACUGACUGAUUCAUACCGUUGGAGGUGGAUUUUGUUUGGUAGCUUCCUUAUCGCGGUAUUGAAUUUUUUCAUGUGGUUUAUAGUCGAUGAAUCUCCAAAAUGGUUGUUAGCACAUGGAAGAGUCACCGAUGCUAAGUUAUCUCUAUGUAAGCUACGUGGCGUGACUUUUGAUGAAGCCGCACAAGAGAUACAGGAUUGGCAACUGCAAAUAGAAUCUGGGGAUCCGUUGAUUGAACCAACCACCACGAACUCUAUUAGCGGUUCUAAUUCAUUAUGGAAAUACUUGAGGGACAGAACAAAUGUCAAGUCUCGCCAUGUUAUCACUGUAUUGUUAUUUGGCCAACAAUUCUGCGGUAUAAACUCCAUUGUACUAUAUGGUACCAAGAUAAUUAGUCAACUGUAUCCUCAGCACGCAAUUAGGAUAAACUUUUUCAUUAGUAUGGUGAAUGUAUUAGUCACCAUACUAGUUUCUCUGCUAAUUCAUAGUUUGCCACGUAAACCGCUUCUGAUGACGUCCACCGUCUUAGUUUCUGUUACCGCCUUCAUUAUGGGAAUAGCAAUGAACCAUAAUAAAAUGAACCUUUUGAUUGUGUUUUCAUUUAUAUAUAUGGGCGUUUUCACGAUGGGGUUAAAUCCGUUGCCAUUUAUAAUAAUGAGAGAAGUAUCAAAACCACAGGAUAUGGUCCUUGCGCAAAGAUAUGGUACCAUUUGCAAUUGGGUAGGAACUUUUAUCAUUGCAUAUACUUUCCCUAUUAUUCAUGAUGUUUUGUCAGGUUAUGUUUUCAUCAUUUUUGCUAUCAUAGCAUGCUCAAUAAGCGCCUUUAUCUGGAAGAAGGUUCCGGAGACCAAGAGGAGCGGCUAA